GACCAGAAAGGAACCGCCCGCACCGUCGUGAAGCAAAACUUUGGUCCGCUCCCUUUUCUUGGGAGCGGCCGCGGGCGGCAAGGUCAGAGUUGAUCCAGAGGCCCAUGCCCUGGCCCGGGGGGCGGUCAGCCUCCCGUCCCCAGCCUCGGGGAGGAGCAGCGGGUCGCGAUCCCGGGGACGCGCAGACACCAUCCCGCCAGCUGGGCUGUCCCCGAGUCCCAGCACCUCCUUAAAGCCGCGGCUCCGCCCCGCCCGCCGGCGGUUCCGCCCAACCGCCUGGUCCCCGCCGCCUCGGCGGAGUGUCCCAGAGCCACGAGCCUGCUAGGAGCACGCCGCCCGCUCCGUCCCUGAGCCGGGUCCCGAGUCCCCGCGUCCUCCGAUCCGCGGUCAUGGCCAGCGAAGAGCUGGCACGCAAACUGCGGCGCCGGCUGCAGCUCGAGGAGGCCGAGGAGGGCGGUCCGCAGCCGGCUUCCCCCGCCGCCCCAGCCCCGGAGCCCGGGCUGGAGCCCGCGCCACCCGCCCGGGCGUCCACGGCCAGCGCCGAUGCCGAGCUGAGCGCCCAGCUGAGCCGGAGGCUGGACAUCAACGAGGGUGCGGCGCGGCCCCGCCGCUGCAAGGUCUUCCACCCCUACUCCGAGUUCCCGGAGUUCAGCCGCCGCCUUAUCAAGGAUCUGGAGAGCAUGUUCAAACUGUAUGACGCUGGGCGAGACGGCUUCAUUGACCUCAUGGAGCUGAAGCUGAUGAUGGAGAAACUGGGGGCCCCCCAGACCCACUUGGGCCUGAAGAGCAUGAUCAAGGAGGUGGAUGAGGACUUUGAUGGCAAGCUCAGCUUCCGGGAGUUCCUACUCAUUUUCCAUAAGGCUGCAGCUGGGGAACUACAGGAGGACAGUGGCCUGAUGGCGCUGGCAAAGCUCUCUGAGAUUGACGUUGCCCUGGAGGGCGUCAGAGGUGCCAAGGACUUCUUUGAAGCCAAGGCCCAAGCCCUGUCAUGUGCCAGUAAGUUUGAAGCAGAGUUAAAAGCUGAGCAAGACGAGCGGAAGCGGGAGGAAGAGGAGAGGAUGCUCCGCCAGGCGGCCUUCAAGGAGCUCAAGGCCACCUUCAGUGCAUAGUCCACCGCCCUUUCCCUCCGUCUACAGCUGUGCCUUGAAGAUGCCCUGGUACUCAUGGCUGGGCAUCUUCUCCUCCCCACUGUACCCUCCCUGAGCCAGCAGCCACACUCACUUCCCAGUGCCACCCCUCAUUCCUCCUGGUGUCCCAUGGUCUGGGUGGGCCAGGUGCCCACCUGCCUCCCUUUCCUGCCUCUGCUCCUUUGCGCUUCUCUGUAGCCAGCACUUGCUGCUUCUCGUCCCUUUACCAUUCCACACCAAAAGUAGUCUGUGUUAAUUUGUGCAGAUCUGUCUGUUGUGGUCCUUGGAAGAAGUGUUACCUGCUUUCCUGGGGAAUUCUCUGCAGCCUUCCUCUGUUUCCUCUCCAGAUUCCCUAUUCUCACCCUUGGUCUCGGGUUCUGCCAGCUGCUUUUGUAUCUUCUGCCCAUAGGUGAUGGGCCCACUGCCUGUCCCCUCCCUCCCAACAGGCUGAACAGCAUUCAGCUGAGGUGAGGAAGCAUCGAGGCAAGACAGGAGUUCCACCCCUUCCUGGCUCCUGGCUCCUAGAGUCCCCCAGGCUUGUCCGCUCCAUCCAUGUCUUUCCAUUUCAGCCCUUUUCCCCACUCUUAAGUGUUUUCUACUUACCCAUAAGAAUGAAAGCAUAAUUAGAAUGCUAAUGAGCAGGAUUCCUGUGACUGACGAUACAGAUUAUAUUAGAAUGGAUCCCAACAUUCCUAGGUGACAAAUCUAGGGCCUUUCAAACUCUCAACAGUCAUGGCCGUCCUCAUUAGCCAAUUUCCAACAUCUGUUCCAAGGCGUAGAGGUGAAACUGUCCCCUCCCUGGUACAGAUUUUUAUAUACCUUGUGAGUUCUUGGGAUUGCUCACAAAUCCCAGGAUUUGUUGUAUUUUUAAAAAAUAUUUCCUAUUGUCAUAUUUAUUACUUCUCUUUUGUAACUGCUGUCUUUACAACAAAGAAAACACCUGCCUUUCUACCUUAUACCUGUUUCUUUUUAAAUAAACUAUGCAGUGAACUUGGCCAUCCCA